AUGUCCUUGUCGCAAUCGCCCUUGGACUCCCUCCCUAAUGAGCUUCUGGAUCAAAUCAUCUCCUAUCUUUCAUCUUCACCUCCUUCUCUGGACAAGGUGCACAGACCUCCUUGUAUGCGUCUCACCACAUCCAGAACUAGAGAUUUGAAGAAUUUCUCACGCGCGUCUUUCCGACUUUUGGAGCUGGUGCGGCCCCAGCUCUUCGCUCACGCGUGCUUCAACAUCAAGGAUGUAGCGGAUUUCCUCUCGUUUAUAUCAAGCUUGAAUCUUGGUCGCUAUGUAAUAUCGAUUGUGGCUAAGGGAAUGGAUUCUGCCGAUAAUCGAGAGGAUCCUUUCUGGUGGCGCCAGGUCCUCAAUUGUCUCGAUCCGCUGCGGAUCACUGUGAUUGCACCCCCUCCAUUCCUGGCUGCGAUGCUGGACACGCAGAUCAUGGACGGCCACAGUUGGGCAUUCGAGGUGCCUUUCCAGAUCCUACAGUUGCAGCGGAAAUCGCGCAUCUGGGUUCCUCCUUUAGCUAUGACAAAGCAAUCUGCUAGUCUGCUUGAGGCUAGAGCAUGGUCUUCCUUCGACUUCAACGAGUCUUCCUCACUCAGAGCGUACAAUCACUACGAGUAUUUCCUGUUUCAAGUCCCUUCCAUAUUUGACAAGUGGGGAACAGUGGCUUCUACGCGACCGUCCCCAGAGAGACUACCUCUUUCCCGUUCGUUCAAGUCUCUGACAUCGGUCAGAUAUACGGCAGUAUUCCCAUUUUAUAAUCAUGUCAAGCUAGUGUUGGAUGCAGUUGAAUUAAUGACGAAUCUGCGGUCAUUCAGUAUUCAGCUUGCCCCUUCUUCAAAUGAUAAGACCACGGAGUUGGAGCAAAGAGGCUCUAUGGACCCCAGCGACCCAUGGAUGGAAAUCACUACAGGCUAUUCACUUGUUGCGCACGCUGUCAGGAAAAUGGGGAACAUGGCCAGUCUCGUGGAGUUCCAUACGUCUGAUCUUGACUUUGAUGCUCUGCGUUUAGAAUUGUCUCCUAUCCUACGGGAUGAAUUGGAUGACAGAGAGUGGGCACAUGAUGGACACUGCACUUGGAUUAAGGUAUCGUCAGAUGACAGUAGUCUAAGGGACGACUCUGUGACGACAAGAGAAAAUUACGAAAGCCUACUGGGCUGCCCGCCAAUAUUUAUUAUAGAAGGAUGCCACAAGCAGGAGCAGGUUGAACAGACACGCUACCGAGGCAAGCGAUUUCUUGACUUCAGGAUCCAAGGUAGUGCAAACAUGCCUCUUACCUCUCAUACAGAGCUGGCUGGGCCUGCUCCCCCAGUCUUGGCUCAUACGCUGUUGUCACAUGGUCAAUUAGCAGCUGCAAAUCCGAAGGCCGAACCAAAUCAACCACACACUGAGACACGGAAUUGGAACCUCUCAGAUGAUGUGGGAAAGGGAUUCCAGGAUAGUCCAGACGCAGUCUUCAGAAGUCGUACCGUGAUCGGCUUUUCGAAGCUUAGAGACAUACAAAAGGAAGAAAGUGAUGACGAUGAGUAUAUUGGCCAGCUCCCCCGCCACCUCCUCACUACCCAUCUCCAUCAAUCCCAUUCAACAAACACCCAAACCAAAACAUACAUAAUCCACCCCAUCAAUUUCACUGCUUUCGCCCCCAAACGACUCCUCGCAUCCCUACUCAACACCUCCCACCAGCCCACCCUCUCCCGAGACGAGGCAAUCUCAUGUCUUGACUCCGUCGAAAUAUUCCCCGUCUACGACUUCCAGGCUGUCGCAGGAGCAAUCGACAUGAUCUCAGACUCCAUAGACACCACCACGCCAUCACAAAUCUCCCCAAUUCUCAUCAUAAUCGCAGGACUCGACACUCUCGCCGAGGGCAUUAUUCGGGCGUCCAACGCCGUCAGGGGAGCAGCGAUGCUCACGUCCGUAUUGCGUACCUUGACGCAAUUGACUCGAGCUCAUGCUUCGAAUCUCUCCGUGAUGCUAGUGAAUACUAGUGGUUUGGGAACUAUGACGUCUCAGACUACUGCUCCGCGAAGGUAUCCGGGGUCAUUGACGCAAAUAGCGCAAGGUGAUGGGAUCUAUUCUGCUUUUCGUGGUGAGACGUCGCUGUUUCCGAGUCUUUUGAUGAGGAUGUUGGAUCAGGGUGUGGAUAUGCAUCUUUUGCUGUCGAGUGUUGGGCAGGUUCCGGUCGUGGAGGUUAUUAAGGAUCGGGUGGGUGGGCAUGUUGGGAGAUGGUGUGUUUGGGAGGGUUCACGGUGA